AUGGCAUCCCUGCGAUUCACCCGUCCAACGACACGCUGCGCGCGCCCACGCCAACCCCCCUCGCAGCGGCGGACCUUCCUGCCCAACCCCUUCGAAGCCCUGAACUCCGCGCUGCCAUCUUCGUCGUCGCCGCCACAGAUCCUGACCGCCGUGCGCACGCUGCCCUACCCCUCGGCCCCCGUCUACUCCAUAAUAGCCGACGUGCCCAACUACCAGCACUUCCUGCCUUACUGCCAGCGCAGCGACAUAACCAAGUGGUCUGCACCGGACAAGGUCUACGGCCGGCGCUGGCCAUCCGAGGGCACCCUGACCAGCGGCUUUGGCGGCAUAACCGAGAGUUUCGUGAGCAGGGUGUACUGCAUACCGGGGCGCUAUGUGGAGAGUGUGGGCGGGAAUACCGAGACGAGUUUGAAGACGGAGGAUAUCGCGCAUCACCUCGACGGCGGCCAGCAGGCGGCGGAGCGAAGGGAAGGCGAGAACGGCCUGCUUACCCACCUGCGGAGUAAGUGGACUGUUGAGGCUAUACAGAACGACCAGACACAGGUCAGUCUGGCAGUCGAGUUUGCGUUUGCGAACCCCAUGUAUGCCGCUCUGAGUGGGGGCGUCGCGCCCAAGGUGGCAGAGUUCAUGAUCAAGGCUUUCGAGAAGAGGGUCCAAGAGCUGCUGACGAACAACCCCGACAUGGUCAGGGCGAGUCUAGCGGAACUGGAUGGUAGUCGCUUGAAGAGGUAG